AUGAUGGGAGCAGUGCCAAACUACAAGUUGCAUCAAGAUCACCAAUUAAUACAGCGAAGAAAAGAUAAUAGUGAAAAAAAAAAAAACAGAAAUAAGAAACUUUCAAAUGUAACGAAAAGUACGAAAAUUGAAACAGCCAUGUCUCCAUAUAUCUUCUCAAUGUGGACACCCCCAAUUCCGGUGUCACGUGACCUCGUACUUCCACCCUCGAAGCGUUCCUACUUAUCUUCAACAACAAUAAUUAAUACACCAAUCCCACUCAGACCCCUCAAUUUGGCACAAAAGGCGCAGAAAUCAAUUCUGAUUCCACUGCCUGACCAAUCGUUAAAUUCAAAUUACUCAAGGGUGCAGGAAACCCUGACUUGUAUAUCUUCCAAGUCUAAAGAGCAAGUUCUGCUAGGAAUUGACUAUCGUAGACGUAUUCGCGAAAGAUCCGCCAUCAUAGAAGUAUUCUCUUGA